AUGUCUACCAUCCAGUUGAGGAAUGUCACCGGACAAACGUCAUCUGCGCCAUCUGCAGUCCCAUAUAACGAUGACCACUCACGAUCAAGAUAUCGAGACAGAUCCAGCUAUGUGGAGCGAUCUGUAUCAGGUGACAAUGAGUUGACGUUCCCUGAAGGUGGUUGGCAAGCGUGGCUGGUUGUCUUUGGAUCUUUUUGUGCUAUGCGCUCCGUGUUCAGUCUUAUCAACUCUGCGGCGGUGUUUGAGUCAUACUUUUCCGAAAAUCAACUUGCCGAUCAUUUGCCCUCACAAAUUGGCUGUGUUUUUAGUCUUUAUCUUUUUAUAGUCUUCUUCGUUGGCAUACAAGUAGGUCCUAUGUUCGACCAAUAUGGUCCACGCGGACUAGUCGUCGCUGGCGGUCUGUGCAUGUCAAUUCACCUUGCACACUCCAUCCUAGGCGGGUUGGGUGGCGCACUGCUCAACUCUCCCUCAUACGGUGCUAUUGCACACUUCUUUGACUCGCGUCGAGGUUUCGCCACCGGGAUCGCGGCGACAGCUGGCUCCAUUGGAGGUAUCGUAUAUCCCAUCAUCCUCCAGAAUCUCUUCCCGAAGCUAGGUUUCGGCCCCACUGCUCGUGUUCUAGGAUUCAUCCUUCUUGGGCUCAUGGUCCCUGCAAGCCUUCUCAUCCGGUCCCGGCUUCCGAGAAAAGAGGGCCCUGCGUCAAUCUGGCCGGAUUUUACUGUCUUCAGUGACCUGAAGUUUACGCUCACGGCUAUGGGGAUCUUUUUCAUGGAAUGGGGUCUCUUCGUUCCCAUCACUUACAUCAUAUCAUAUGCUGCAACUCUUCCUAGCAGUAACGUUCACUCCUACACUAUUCUCUCCAUCCUCAAUGCAGGAUCAGUGGUUGAACGAUUUCAUCCUGGCCUCGCUGCCGACAAGUAUGGGAGAUUUAAUGUCAUUUUAAUCAAUAUCGCCUUAUGUUUUGUCUCCGUUUUCGGACUUUGGCUGCCUUCGGGGAACUCUGAAUCCAUGCUUCUGGCAUUUGUUGCUAUAUUUGGGUUCGCUAGCGGCAGUAACUUGGGGUUGGUUCCGGUUUGUCUUGGCCAGCUUUGCGAUGCAAGGGAAUACGGGCGCUUUCUGUCGACAGCGAUGAUGAUGGCUAGUUUUGGGACACUGAGCAGUCUACCUAUUGCUGGUGCUAUACUGCAAGCAAAGAAAGGCGGGCAAGACUGGGAGGGGUUGAUCAUAUUUUCAGGCGCCUCUUACGUUCUAGCAUUUCUUUGCUUUGCCGCAGUUCGAGUGCAAGCAGUAGGAUGGACACCGUCUGCAAAAUUCUAA